GACAAGGCCGGGGAAGCUGAAGACCUUCCAGGGAAGGGCCUCCUCCUUCUGCUGGAGGGACCAUGGCAGCGAACAGAGGAGUGGGGACCUUCGUAUCUGUCUUCCUUCUGUGCUGCUGGCAAGACGUGCAGCCCUGGCCGAAUAGAGAGUUUUCAGGUUCAAGUUCUGAACAACUGCCAAGUUUAAAAAAUAUGGAUGACGAUAUAGCUACAGUGUUUGAUGAAAUUCUCGUCCGGGAGAUUUUGGAGCCAGGGAAAGCAUCAUAUUUUGAAGGUCAAAGCCCAUCAACAACUUCAGAGCCAAAAACAACGAAGGAAAAAAAAGCCCACAGGAAAGACUUCAGUGCUCCUAAGAGGCAUGAGGAGAAGCAGCUCCCUCCUGGGACCCUAGAUGCCAUGUCCUUUGAUGACGAAGAGAGAGAAACACUUUUUCAGAUGAAAAGCCUUGACGCUCUGGAGAAAAUCAUUGACACUAUUCGAAGAGCUAUUGGAACUCAUCUCAAGAAAAAACGGAAGUUUCAGAAAAGCAGGAGAAUCAGACAACUCCUGGGGAAACUAACCUAGCCCUAAGUACCAGGACUGGCAGAGGGGACAGCCACUGCCUGCCCGCACCUGGGGACAGGACAGAGUGAGAGCAGCCACAACCGUGCGUGAAGGAGAACUGCACUCAGUGAGCAGCAAAUAAAAUUAGAGUAUUUAAAUAUUAAGUUACCA